UGAAUAGGUGGAGUACGACGUUAAGUCUUGUGCGAAUGGUGUUGUUGAUGGCGAUUGCACUGAUACAAAGAGAGUCAGUCUUCGGAUGCCAACUGGCGGAGAGGUCAUCUACGCCGUUGCUCAUCAACACACGGGAGGAAUCGGUUCAACUCUCUUCGGUGAGGAUGGGAGAGUCAUAUGCUCGUCAAAACCGACAUAUGGAGAAGGUAAGGAAGUUGGAGAUGAAGAAGGUUACAUAGUUGGAAUGUCGACAUGUUACCCUGAUCCUGGUUCAGUCAAGAUAUCUGAUGGGGAGAUUCUAGUCUUUGAAUCUAACUAUAGCAGUACAAAGAGGCAUACUGGAGUUAUGGGUCUAUUCUAUCUUCUUGUUGCAGAUCAUGGAUCAUCAUCAUCAUCGCCCACAAACUUAAUCCAUGAUUCAAAUGAUCAGAAGCAUGAGAAGGCGGGCUUAUCUGUUGCUGUUUGGGGUGUGGUGUUUCUCGGAGCUGUGAUAGCCAUGGCGGUGGUGAUUACCUACAGGCGAAGGGAGGCAAGAGAGGAUGGGUAUCAGUCAAUUGUGAUAUAACAAGGGGACGACAUGUAUAAUGUAUGUAUGUAUGUCUUUGAAUUCAUAAUCUUAUGUUGGAAUUUACAAUCUUAUGGUGUUCAUUAUUAGAGUAUAUAUGGUACUCUUUUUGGUAUAAAUAUUGUCAUUACAUCGAAUUACCCAUCAAGGAAGUUCUUAAAAAUAAGAUGGUAAAGAGAUGGGUGCCAAAUUGAGUUUGAACAUAAUCAAAUUUAGAAAAUGAUAUACAUAUGUGUGUGUAAAUGCGAUUAAAAGCUCAAUACUUCUGUCAUUAUGGUAUCAACUUUUGGUCAAACAUGAGUGGGACAACACUAUUUAUACUUUUGUUAUCUGAUGGGAUAUAGAUAUGUUAAUGAUGAAAAUUA